UCACGCCUUUCCCUCCUGUCCAUGAGGAGGAACCAUCAGAGCAAAGUUCUGCAGACGAGACCUCCUGGACAGAUUCUAUUCUGCUGAGAAACUUUCAGAGGAGCAUCAAAACAAAAACUCAAGGUGAAGCUGGAACUGGAUUUUCUGUCCUCUAGAGUGAAAGACGGCCUGUUCUUCCUGCUAAAACCUGUCAACCUGAGGGAGCAUCGUUUGACGGUGAGCGUCCCGACAGAUGGAGCUGCACAGAGCUGCGUCCACAUAGCAGAACCAUCAUGGACAGGAGGGACUCUGGAGAUGAUGGAGGGUGCUUGGGGCGCCGGCCGGACCCCUCUCCAGCAGACAGCCCGCUGCUCCACACCCUCCCUCUGCCCCCCGACCCGAUGACUCACCUGUGCACGCGGCUGACAGCUCACGACGCACCUCGGAGCGGCGACUGGAGCAGGAGAACCGGUCCGGGGUUUCAGGGCAGUGAGGACCUGAGAGUGGCCCCCGCGGACCAGAGCGUCGUCAUUCUGCACGCCAAGGUCGCCCAGAAGUCCUACGGCAACGAGAAGCGGUUCUUCUGUCCUCCUCCUUGUGUUUACAUCAGCGGGCAAGGAUGGAGAUCCACGCCGGACCACAUGAAGGGUAAUCCACAUAAAUCUGGGUUCCACCACAUUGAUUCACCUGGUAAGGUAAUGGUUGAUUGUCCCACGCUCUCCUGGUGUCCUCCUGCUGCAGGCUACGCUGACUCGGUGCAUGGGUACAUGUGUCUGGACAGCUCCAGCCAGUCUCAGGCUGACACCUUCAAGCUGGUGUUUGACGAACAGCCAGAGUCCAGGCGGAUGUUUGCCUGCGCGAAGUCGCUCUUCAUCUCCGACCAGGACAAGAGGAAGCACUUCUGCCUUCUGCUGCGACUCUUCCUGGGCAGCAGACAGGAAGUGGGCUCCUUCCAGAGCCGGAUGAUCAAAGUCAUCUCCAAACCGUCCCAGAAGAGACAGUCUUUGAAGAACGCUGACUUGUGCAUCUCCUCCGGCUCCAGAGUGGCUUUGUUCCACCGUUUGCGCUCGCAGACCGUCUCCACGCGCUACCUCUCAGUGGACAGAGGAGCGUUCGUCGCCAGCGCCAGGCGGUGGACGGCGUUCACCAUCACCACAGUGGAUGACCACGGAGGCCUGGUGAUGAGCGAAAGCUUCAUCUGUUACGGCUUGCUGGUCCAGUUAGUUUGUACUGAGUCCGGAGUGGCCCUGCCACCCAUGGUCAUUCGCAAGGUCAACAAGCAGCACGCCAUCUUAGAUGUGGACGAACCCGUUUCCCAGCUCCACAAGGUCGCGUUUCAGUUCAGAGACGAUUUCGGCUCCUUCCUCUGCCUCUCCAAUGACGCCAUCAUACAGUACCAGGCUCCGCCCAGCAGUCGGGAUCCCAGCAGGGUGGUGCUGAACGACGGGUCCUGCUGGACCAUCAUUGGUGUGGAGGCCGUGGAGUUCACCUUCAACCAGAGUCUGGCCUGCAUCCAGACCCCUGUCAGCCCUUUUCCUUCCAUCUCCAGACUGGAGGUGAAUGGGGGGGGGCAUGUGGCCAUGCUGGAGGUCCAUGGAGAGAACUUCAGCCCCCACCUCAAAGUCUGGUUUGGCAGCAGGGAGGCUGAGACCAUGUUCAAGUCUUCCAGAUCUCUGCUCUGCGUCGUUCCGGACGUUUCCGUCUUCAGUGAUGGCUGGCGGCGUCUGCGGCACGUCAUCACUGUCCCACUGUCCCUCAUCCGGACCGACGGCCUCAUUUAUCGCACGUCCUUCAGCUUCACCUACACCCCUGAGCUCCACCUACCCCUGACCUCCCGAGGUCCUGCAGCGGGGGGGAGGAGGGAGGCGGGGCCAGAUAGAGCCCUGGAGGAGAAGGAGGACGUCCUGUUGGAGAUGAUCCAUCAGGAGUUCACCAAGGCCAACUUUCACCUCUUUGUGCAAAGUUAACUUGUUCAGAGUCUGUAGGAGCUGCAGAAGCAGGCGCAGAUGGAAACGCAGACGCAGACGCAGCUGCAGAAAUAUUACAUUCAUCUGUCUGAGACAGAAUCAAAUCAAAUCGACCUAAACCAUUUAAAAAUGUCUCAAUAUGUGAUACAUUGGCAAUCAAUCUUGUAAAAUCCCAUCUGGAUUGAGACAUGUUCUGUUUAUUUAUUCCAAGGUAAAAUAAACGACCCUCCCAGCAGA